AUGGCCGAUCUUUCCACUCGUCCAUGAAGAAGGACGGUAUAUGCCUCCAUAGUACACUAUAUAACUUGUAAUAUGGCGGCACCUUCCAGACACGUGCUCUGUCGACUAGAUAAGGGGUCGAGGCUAAUACCUCUGAUGCAGAAGACAUGUCGCUAUUGUACAACCAGUCAGAACAGAAUGAAUGAAAUUUGGACGCAGAAAAUUGACCGCAACCUCGAGUUACGAGCUCUUAAACAAGAUGGCGUCGUACAGCACGCGCGUCCUCUCAUGUUGUUGUUUGGAUGGAUGCUUGCUAAGCGGAAACACUUAGAGAAAUACGAGGAGUAUUACCUAAAUAGGGGCUACAACGUUCUCACUGUGUCAGGUUAUCCAAUGGACAUUUUAAAACCAAUAAGGGCUCAGGGAAUAGCCAGCAGCAUUCUCGCGCAUAUUGAUGAUAGGACACGUGUAGUUGGAAAACAGCCAAUACUCCUUCACGGGUUUUCAGUCGGAGGGUAUCUCAUUGGCGAGUUUCACGUGAAACUAAACACUGAGGAGACUGUAGCCCGUAACCUACUCAUAGCACAAGUGUUUGAUAGUCCGGUUGACUUCGACGGUAUUCCAGUAGGUUUUUCCAAAGUCUUGACAAAAAAUCCAGCCCUUCGGUUUUUUAUAAGGAACUCGUUACAUCUAUACAUGGCAACUUUUAAAAAGAGUGUUUCAAAAUUUCUUAAAGCUUCGGAAGCUUUCAAAUUCAAUAAGUACCACGUGCCUUCACUUUUUCUGUACUCCAAGGCAGAUCCGGUCGGAAAUCCGGAAAGAAUAGAAGGUGUUAUACAAGACUUUUACCAACGGAAUAUUCCAGUAAUGAGUAAAUGUUGGCAGGACUCACCGCACGUGAGUCACUAUCACUAUCACCCUAAAGAGUACGUAGAAAUCCUAUCCUCGUUCUUAGAUACUUAUGUACCCAGUCCUGCUGGUGACGAAGGCCAAGAUAGUCAAGAGGAGAAUAAAGGCCCACGGAAGAUGGCUAUAGGAGGACGUUGAACGUUAUAUAUUGUUGAUGUGUUCGCAAGAAAUCAAACAUUUUGACUAUUUCAAAUAACAACUAAUCAGAUUUGUAUAGAUUCUAUAUAUAUCUGCCUUCUAUACUUUUAAUUCUAUGUCAUAUUGUAUCAUUAGCGCCAUUAUGCUUUUGAAAUAGCAUUGCCUUGUCAGGUUCAGAUCUAAAUGUACCAUCGGGAUAUCCUUUUUACCCUUGUCAGGUUUAUAAAUACCCUUGUCAGGUUUAUAAAUUUACCAUCGGAUGAUCUUUUCUUUUUACCCAUGUCAGAUUUUUUUUUAUAUCUGCCAUCGGGGUCCUGUUUUACCCUUGUCAGGUUCAGAUCUAAAUUUACCAUCGAGUGAUCAUUUUUAGGCUAAACGUACUCCGUACGCAUAGCCUAUUGCGACGGCCUUUCAGACAAAAUUUACCGAUCAUGGCCUUCUCAUUGGCUGAAAUAUCGAAAAUAGUUAGAGCCCUCUAGCGGCAGUUUCUGCGUAAAUAAUGCCGCGAUUUUUCAAAUCGCUAUUUUAAA